CUGCUCACUCCUGUCUCCCGUGUCCCAGAUGACCGUCUCUUGAUCACAACUUAACUGAGCCGGAGGAGUCAAGGGAGAGACACAGAAACAGUCCCACAAUCCACAGUCAGGAGCAUCCCGCCCCGAGGAGCGAUGCCAUCGGUACCCAGGCGAUGCUGGAGGCUGAACCAGUCCCAUGAAUGAGAGCUGCCGUGCCAGGGACCCUGCGCCCCAACCUGGACCCCCUGUCCCACCCUGAGCUGAGCAUCGGGGGACACAGAGAGCAGGCUGAAACCUGAGUAAUUUGAAACGAAAGGACAUCCUUGCACUGAAAGCAGCCUGGCGUGUGGCACAGCCCUGAACAUGACCACGGAGAGUUUUGCAGAGUUCCUGAAUAAGCUCAAGGAAAUCCAUGAGAAAGAGGUCCAAGGCCUGCAAAGCAAGCUGACGGAGCUGACGACGGAGAAGUGCCGUGAUGCUCAGAGAAUUGAAGAGUUGUUUGCUAAAAAUCAUCAAUUAAGGGAACAACAGAAGGUCCUUAAAGAAAAUGUAAAGGUGUUAGAAAACAGGCUGCGAGCAGGUCUCUGUGACAGAUGCAUGGUCACCCAGGAGCUGGCAAAAAAGAAGCAGAAUGAGUAUGAGACCUCUCAUUUCCAGAGUCUGCAGCACAUCUUCAUCCUCACUAACGAGACAAACCGCCUGAGGGAAGAGAACAAAACUCUCAAGGAAGAACUGAAGAGGCUCCGGAGCCUGGAGGACAGAACAAAGCAACCAGGAGUCACCUCCAGAGAAAGCAGCUCCACUCCCAGCUCCCCCUUGGCUUUACUGGCCUCAGUGAGCAGGAACACUGGCACCGAGAAAGCAGCUCACAGAGGAGCAGAAGCCCACCAUGAUGUGCCAGGCCUCGAGCUGGGAGAAGAAAAACCCGCAGGACAGAGAAGCUCUCCAACCAGUAGGACUUCCCCAGGCACUGUCCUCCAAGAAGUCAGCCUCGCAGAAAUGGCAUCACAGAGGGUCGCCAACCAGCUGCAUGGUACCAUUGCACUGGUGAGACCUGGCUCCAGACCCUGCCUCCUGGAAAAAAGCCCUUCGGGAGCAGAAGGGUCCCCACCGGCAAGGAAGACUGCUCUCCCGGAGCACCCCAGCCUUGAGGCUUAUUUAGCAGCAAGCAAACUGGAUUCCCCCAAGGUUUCUCCAUCCUAUGAAAACCUAAAACUGACCGCUCGGAGAGAGCAGCUCUGUCUCCUCCACAAGCACCUUUCCCUGCACCAGCUGGGGCUGGCGAACAACUGCGCCUCAGCCGACCGGGAUGGCAGCAGCUUCCCCAGCCAUUUGCUCAGGGCCAAAGAUGCCGAGAGCAGGACGCGGUCGCGUGAUGCCUGGGAAGAUCACGCAGCCUUGCUGAAGCUGCCUGCCACCAUGGUGUACGUGAGGGAUCAGCACCUGGAGGAGAAGCUGCACCUCCUCAAGCACAGGGAGAGGCUGCAGCAUUUCCUCAUGCAGCAGUGCCAGCCAGGCCAGCGGGCAGAUGGAGAGCCAAAGCCCGUGCCCGAGGAGCGGCCCCUCUCCCCAUGGCCGAGCAUCACACCAGGAUGCAAGGAGGAAAGGUCCUUCCUGGAGGAUGCUGCAGAUGGGAAGGAAGAGAAGGGGCUUUGGCUGAGCCGAGACAGCUCCGAACUCCGAGAAAAGGCAAAGGUGACAAGGGACGAUGGUGCAGACGCGCCUCUGGAUCUGUCAGACUCUGGCCGUGGCAGGGAAACAGGCUGGCACAACCGCCGGGAGCCGUGGGGGGCCAACAGCCCCCAGCUGAGCCCUGGGGAGAGCCCUGCUGUGCCAGCAGCCCCCGGCCCCUGCAAGAGACACGGGACAGAGCAGGACGACUUGCACUUCCCCUACCACUGGCCCAAUGCUGCCCGGGCACUGCCUGGUGCUGUUGAGGAGGAGGAGGAAGACGAGGAGGAUGGAGCUGUGCUCGCGCUUUCACGGGUACAUCCGACAAAUAACUCCACGCCGAGCAACCCAGAGACCCUGCCAGAGACCGGGGUGAGACUGGAUGUCAUUACACAGAAGGGAGAAGCAGAUGACGAUGACACUGAGUCUGGGAAACAGGAAUCUGAUGAGCCAGACACGACGGACAGUGAGGUGGCUGCCUCAUAUGAAGAUGAUGUCCUACAAGAAGCUCAGGCUGAAGGGAAAUAUUUUUGCAUUAAAGACAAAGCUCAUGCACUGCAGAAGAAGAGAAAAAGAGGACAAGAUCCCUGGACAAAAGGAGCUAAGAAGUCAAUGAGAGGAAAAAAGAAAGUCAAAGUGGAGCAGUGUUCCGCAGCGAUCAUGAAGGAACCGGAGAACUGCUCUGCUUCCCACAAAGAUUCCUCUGAGGAGAGCUAACAGCACGGCAGGAUGAGAAGCAACGCUGCAAACCUAAAGAAGAGGGCUUGGAGACCUCAUCAUCCCACCCAUGCUGGGAGAGCAACUCCUCCUGCCAUGCUGGGCCAGGCAGUGGGGAGUCCAUAAGGACUCAUUAAUGAGUAGAGCACCCUGAAAAUCCUCGCUCAGUGCCCUGGGAGAGGCUAGGCAAGGAAGAGCCGUGCAGGUGAUACCUGGAGCAGACAGGUCACUGCUGGUGGAGCAGCACAUUCAGUGACCCCAGCCCUGCACCAGAGCAGCCCCUCAGACUGGUGCUAGCAAGAGGAGACACCCUCUUUGCAGCACUCGCCCCGACUCAGGACCGUGUUCUUCCCUGGGAUUUCAUGCAAGGAGAAUGGACUACCCAGACCCCACUCCCCAUGUACGAUGUCCCAGUGGCUGGCCCAAGGGUGGUGACCAAACCGAACACCACAGGGCCCUGUGCACAAACCUGCAUUGAUUAAAUCCCUACCUGGGUUUCAUACA